AUGAGCAAAGACACUCCCCUUGUGUCAUCUCGACGUCUCGCCAAUGCUGAAGGCGAUCCUGUCGCUGUUGUCCGCGUCCGAAAUCUCCAAACGACUAUUCAAGGCCCCAAAGAUGCCUGGGGUCGAGGUUCUAAGCAGCAACCUCUUCUGAUAUCCGCCGAGGUGUCACUGACGCAUGCGUUCCCCUCAUCGUCGUCAGACGACAAGGUUGCUUCCGAUACCGUUCACUAUGGGCUCCUCAGCAAAUCUAUCCUCAGCACGCUGGACAAGUUGCCCAGGUCAGCCCUGUCGUUGAGCGAUGUGCUCAACAGGCUCUGGGUUGACCUUACUGGUUUCCAGUACACUGGCGUGAAGGAGCCUUCUGCCCAAAACACAAAGGCUUUCCUCGACACGAGCCUUAUCCGAAGGCUCUCAGUCUCUCUCGUCCUGCCCAAGGCCUCGUUGAUGGGAACUGCAAUCCGACUCUCGGGGUCGUGUCUCUUCGCCGACUCAGCCAUCACCUCGCGUAGUCUGGAGCUGGGUCUGGAAGGGAUCAGAGUGCCGACACUCAUCGGUGUCAACAGUAAUGAGCGAAACGCUAAGCAAGUCGUCAUCACAAACAUCCGCAUCGACGAAUACCAAACCGCACACGAUGACUAUGCUGUCAUUGAGAGCAUCAUUGUUGAUGCCAUGUCAGAAUCGUCAUUCGAAACUCUCGAGGCUUUGGCGGCAAGUCUGGCUUUCCAUAUUGCCCGGGAACUCAGGACCAAGCGUGACGAUUUCUAUGGACAAAUCAUUCGCAUUGGACUCGAGAAGCCAACAGCAGUGCCUCUGGCCGAGGCUGCCUGUGUAGAGCUCACAGUCAAAACCGAAGAUGUCAAGAUCGAGGUCUCCAAGACGAAAGACGUUAGGUUUGAUGAUACUAGAAACCAGAUUGCGCACUCGAAUGACAGGAAAUCGUAG